AUGGUGGACGUUGACAGCCCGCCGGCGGCGGCUACCCCCGCUGCUGCGGCAGCUGCGCCCGCUGCUGCAGCAGCAGCAGCUGGGGAGGCCGCCGCAGCAGCAGCACCUGCUGCAGAAGCAGCAGCAGCAGCAGCACUAGAGGGGGGAGCAGCAGCAGCAGACAGCGCGUCAGAAAACGCCGAGGGGAGCAGCGCAGCAGCAGAAGGAGACGAGGCGACGGAGGAGGAGGAGGACCCUAGCGAGGAGGGCUCUUUCGCGUGUGCCUGCUGCUGUGGCGGCAAAUCUUGUGUCUUUGCUGCUGCUGCUGCUUCCGCGCAGAAGAAGAGAGUGACAGUGGCGGGUUUCCCAUGCAACAGGAAGCAGACUACAGUGAGCGACUGGCUGAGCUGUUGCGGCAAGCUGAUGCUUACUCCUCGCAAAUCACUGGUGGCUUCGCCCCUGCUCCUGCCGCAAAGAAGGUGA